ACUUUUGGACUGUUCAAAACCAAAAAUAACAAAUUUUGGCAUUGGCAUUAGAUCAGACAUUUUUAAAAUUUACGUAUAAUAAUUCGUUGCCUUAGGUAUAUCCAAAGGAUGAAUAAAAGCAGGUCAAUUGUUCAGGAAUGCCGUUAGAUUGUCGGGCGUGGCACCAACAACUGUCACUUGCUACAGGAGAUGGCGCUUUCGCGAGUAAUCUUUACGUAAAAAACAAUCUAAUGAUUGCUUUUGUGUAUAAAAUAAAUCAAUUAUUUCGCUUGAAAAUUGAUGAUUUUUGAUGAUGAAUAUAAUAAUAAUAACUAAAUGCGUAUCAAGGUCGGCGUGUUAUGAAAAGGGACGCGUCAUAAAAACAAAAGUUAACUUGUCAAAAAGUGUUAUUAUAUCGCAAGUCGUCGUUUUUAGAUUGAAUUAUUAGUGCAAUGAGCGCUGGGAAACUGGAUCAAUUGUGGGUGGUUGCAAAACCGAAGUUGCUGCUCUUCCUGAAAUACGCAAAGGUGGAGUUGGUGCCGCCGUCGCCGUUAGAUAUUCCGAAGAUAAUGAAAGAUGUAUCGGCGGGGAUCAAAUCCUUCAAGAGCGGAUCGUGGAAGGAGACGCCAGUUAGAGAGGCAUGGCUUAACACUUUGGUCACCGUGGAAGUGUUCUGCUGGUUCUAUGUGGGCGAAUGCAUCGGGAAACGGCACAUCGUCGGAUACGACGUCUGAGCAGAGAGUGCCAUGACGACAGUUUUGAUCAUUGAUUUUUUUGUUUACUUUCCAAUUGGCAAUACUGAGUAUGUUCAAAAAUAUUAAGGAAUAAAUAUGACAAUCAGCAAUCAGCGGCAAGAAACUGUUUUCUCUAUUUUCUUUUCGGUUAAAUUUGUAAUAUUUAAAAUCGCACAUACCAAUGUAGAUCAUCUCUGCUACAGGAUGCACACAACUCUAACUUUUACGAAAUAUAAUCACGACUACUUAAAAAUAAAUAACAAAAUAAAUGUCAUUGUCGCUAGGCAACACUAAUAAAUGAUUAACGUUUUCGUAGAUAUACUUGAUAAGUUUGACAUCAAGUUUGCUACUACCAUUAGUUAUUGAGAAUGUGCAUUGUAUAAAAUUCUUAUGUUUUAGAUACGUUUAUCGAGGAUAGUU